GCUCCACCGGCUCGGGCUGGACGGGGAAGCGAGGGGAAGAGAGGUCAGGCCCGCCCUCGGGGGCAACAAACUGGGCCUCAUUCCGCACUGGACCGGGGCUCUGGACUCCCCUCCUGGCUCAGUUUCCCCAAGUCCCUGGUGAAACUCACCGUUGUCACUACCACGUUGGUAACGCAGACCCAGAGUCUGGGACUCAGGGUAAACUGAGGUACUCGAACCACGGAGGAGCCCCGCCUCCCAAGAGACAUUUAAUCCAGGGGGAUUUACAGGAAACUUCUAAAUUAAGGGCAGCGGCUGCUGCAGCUGAGGGGGGCACGCGGGACCCAGCGCCCGCGCAGCUGCCGUGAGCUCACGCCCCGAAAUAGCCCCAGGGGCCCCAGUUGCAGCUGCCACUGGGUCGGGCUGUCACUCAGAGUAAGAGCAGAGCCCCCAGCCCGAGGGUCCCCUCCCCUCCGCAGGGCCGGGGUUUUUCCAGCCGACCGUCUUAGCUGCUUUACCUUCCGACGGCUGGGGGCGGAGGGAGGGGCCUCGAGGGGGGCGGUCCCGAGGGGGUGGGCACAGGGGGCGGCCGCGCCCCCCCUCACCGGGGUGUGCUUCUGCCCCUACAAGGUUUGGGCCGCGGUGGGGGAGGGUCCCGGCCCCCGGCUCCGCCCGGUCCCUCCCCGCCUUUUAGGCGCCCGCCCGGCUGGGACAUCCCAGUCCCGCUUGGUCCUCCUCGCCGGCCACCCGUGCGCCCAGUUCGUCCAGUCCGCACUGCCUGCCCGUCGGCCCGCCCCCCACCGCAGCCAUGGACGCGAUCAAGAAGAAGAUGCAGAUGCUAAAGCUGGACAAGGAGAAUGCCAUCGACCGCGCCGAGCAGGCCGAGGCCGACAAGAAGCAGGCUGAGGACCGCUGCAAGCAGCUGGAGGAGGAGCAGCAGGCCCUCCAGAAGAAGCUGAAGGGGACAGAGGAUGAGGUGGAAAAGUAUUCUGAAUCUGUGAAGGACGCCCAGGAGAAACUGGAGCAGGCUGAGAAGAAGGCCACCGAUGCUGAGGCAGAUGUGGCCUCCCUGAACCGCCGCAUUCAGCUGGUAGAGGAGGAGCUGGACCGGGCACAGGAGCGCCUGGCUACAGCCCUACAAAAGCUGGAGGAGGCUGAGAAGGCAGCUGAUGAAAGUGAGAGAGGAAUGAAGGUCAUUGAAAACCGAGCCAUGAAGGAUGAGGAAAAGAUGGAGCUGCAGGAGAUGCAGCUGAAGGAGGCCAAGCACAUCGCCGAGGAUUCAGACCGCAAAUAUGAGGAGGUGGCCAGGAAGCUGGUGAUCCUGGAAGGAGAGCUGGAGCGCUCAGAAGAAAGAGCCGAGGUGGCUGAGAGUAAAUGUGGGGACCUAGAGGAAGAGCUGAAAAUUGUUACCAACAACUUGAAAUCCCUGGAAGCCCAAGCGGACAAGUAUUCCACCAAAGAAGAUAAAUAUGAAGAGGAGAUCAAACUGCUGGAGGAGAAGCUAAAAGAGGCUGAGACCCGAGCAGAGUUUGCCGAGAGGUCUGUGGCAAAGUUGGAGAAGACCAUUGAUGACCUGGAAGACGAAGUCUAUGCACAGAAGAUGAAGUACAAGGCCAUCAGUGAGGAGCUGGACAACGCACUCAACGACAUCACCUCCCUCUGAGCCCCACGCCAGUGUGGCCCCUCAGCCCCUUUUCUCCUCUCCUUUCCACUCUCUUUGUGGGGAGGGGGCAGUCAGGAGGAACAAAGUUGUCAGCAUCGCACAGCCAGGCUGGGCGCAGCCUCGGAGAAGCCCCACCACACCUGCCGCCCACCCUGGCACUUGCUUCAUCCUUCUAUCCAACCACUCACUCCACCCUCCAGCCUCUACCUCUUUCUGCUGCUUAAUAAACUCAACUUGGUCUCCAUGCUGUCUUCCUGCCCUCCAGAGAGCACUUCUAUCAUCCCCACAGAAACCCUGGCUCUUACAGACACCCCCAAUCUUGUGCCCCCUCCUCCCCUGCUGAGCUCACCCACAAAACACUGUGGCCCAUGCCAGAACCCCCUCCACAUGGCACUCUCAGUCUGUCACCAUGUCACGGCUGCAUGUGGGCAUGCAUAACCCCAUCAGUCACCAUGAGCCCUCUAGUGCCUCUGACAGACAUGCUCUUCGGCAGACCCAGGUCUGUCACUAACCUCCAAGCAUUCAGCUGCAGUUCCGGGAUUUAAGGGAAUGACUGGAAGGGAAGUGGGUGGGGAGGUGCCAAGGAAGCGCAAGAAGGUUGUGAAAGGUCUGGCUGGGGUAAAGUUUGGAAAAAUGUCGGAUGCCAACAACAUGGGGCUUUCCCUGCAGGUCUGUUUUCUGCCUCAAGUCUAUCUGUCUGUCUGGUCCUUCCUUUUGUGGUUCAGUCUUUGUCUUUCCUUCCAUUUCUAACACUCUUAAACCUUCUAAAGAAGGAGGAUAAAUUAGUUCAUGACUCAAGCCUUCCCAUCCCACCCCCAUGACCCUGAAGCCUUGAGUCCACGUCCGUCUUGGUCAGUCCAUCCAUUUGCCCUUGGCACCGGGUCCUCAGACCUCUAAGUGCUUAUGUCUUCCUAUGCCUCCAACCCACACCAAGUCUAUUUGUCUCAUCCCCCAUCUCCCCCCAUGUCUCCCUGCCCUUCCUCAUGUGCUGCUUCCCC